AUGUCGACGGUGGACUUGGCGGUGGUGGGCAAUGGCAUGUUUGGUGCCUUGCUGGAUGAGACCGGCCGCUUCGUGUGGUGUUGCAUGGAUACUUACGGAGGCGAUCCGGUCUUCAAUUGCCUAGUGAACAACAACUCGAACCAGACUGGCUUCUAUGAUGUGGUCCUGGAGGAUUUUCAUCAAUCCGAACAACUCUAUGAAGGUACCAGCACGGUACUCAUUACGAAGUUGAGCACCAGCAAUGAUGAUGUGGUUGAGAUCCGGGACUUUGCCCCGCGAUUUGUGCACUAUGAUCGUGUCUUUCGGCCCUUUCAGCUGAUCCGCUUGGUCCGACGUUUGAAGGGGGAUCCCCGGAUCUCGAUCCGGAUCCGACCGACCUUUCAGUACAACUCCACUGAUGGGUAUCAGACCCGUGGCUCUCAGCACGUGCGCUUUUGUGGUCCCAAGCUCACCUGGCGUGUCACGACGAACAUGCCCAUCCGCCGUGUCAUUGAAGAGACACCCUUUCUGGUCGCAGAUGAGCCUGUCAUCAUUGUCUUCGGUAGCGACGAGUCCUUCACGAACUCUUUGUCACAGGUGGCAUUGGAGUUUGAAACGAAGACGGUGAACUACUGGAAGCAAUGGUGCAACAAUCUCACCCUGCCUGUGGAGUUUCAGCAAGUCUUGAUGCGGGCGGCAAUGACUUUGGCCAUGAACCAAUCGGAGGACUGCGGCGGUUUUUUGGCCGCCUUGUCCUUGGGCUUGCCACUGGGGCCCUUCAGCCCCUCGACGCGAGAUUCGCGGGUCUGUCGGCUACUGGAUGAAUGUCUCGCUAUGCCGGUGCUCCGAGAAUUGGGUCUUUUGGACCUUUGCAAGAAGUUCCUCGGCUUUGCCAAGGAGAUUUGCUACAGAGAAGAAGCUCCGCAGCAUGCCUACAAUUCGUGGGGUGCUCCGCAAGAUACCAAGCGAGAGUGGGCGCCCUACCUCGCUGGCUAUCGAGGGAUCGGAGAGGUGCAUCACGGUGGUUCUCUGCUAGAGGAACCACGGGAGGAAAGCCCGGAGACCGUGUGGCAACAGAAUGCUGUGAUUUAUGGCUUGCUCGCCAUUUCGCUGGUGCAUGCCUUCUUUGACAUACGCCUUUCGCAGGAGCUGUGCACACCAAAGUUGUGUGAGAAGCUAGAGCAAUACGCUCGCACCGCUUGCGAAGCCUUUAGCAGCAGGGCCGAGUUAUACCGAUCCUUUGGUGGAACGGCAGACGCGGUGUCCGCGCCACGCUUGCCAUACGGAGCCGGCUUUUUUGACGAUGACUUGCACUUCUUCGUGUGUGAGGAUUUGGAUCCUGAAAUCGCACCUGCAUCACCUCGUCUACCGGUGGUGCAUACUCUCACCUCCGUGCUGUGUUGGGCGGCUGCUGAUCGCCUACAUCGCAUUGCUGCUCACUACUUCCGUGACCCUGUGCGAGCGGAACAUUGGCAACGGAAAGCCUUGGAGAUCCAUGAGGAGAUUUGCCAACAUGCUUGGAACCCCAAACGAGGUUCAUUCACAACCUUUUGGGGUGGCAGCCGAGUGGGACCUUCGAUCCUUCGCCUGGCCGAGCUGGGCUUCGUGUCUCCGGAGGACAGCCGCUUCCGGGGCAGCGUGCGAGCCUUUGAGUUCGACGCCGCCUCUUGUGCGACCUGCUUGAAAAAUGCCGAGGGCGAGUCCUUGGGCGAGGAGUCAAUCAUGUCCGCCUUUGCGACAUGCUUCACCACCAACACGCUGUUGUGGUACUCGGAAGCUUUGCGAAGCAUUGGCGCAGUGACGGAGUCUCGCCGCUUGGUGGAAGCCUUGGUGCAAAGCUCGAAGCAUCCCGGUGUCCUUGCAGAGGCAGUGGACUUGCGCUCGGGGGAGCAAUGGGGUAACACACCCUGCACAUCAGCCCUGCUUUCUCUGAUCAGAGUGGCAUUGCGCUUGUCCCGGACCUGGCGAGAGGUUUGA